CAAUCAGCUGUUCAUUAUAAUUUUUUGAUUUCUUAACAUUUAUUAUAAUGUGGAAUCAUAAAAAAACAAGUUCGCAAAAGCAAAGGUUCAAAGCUACGCGGGAAAGAAAAAACCCAAUAAAAAAAUGGAUGCCUGCGGAGGAAGCAGCGCUUAUAAAUUUUCUAAAAGAAAAUGUUGACUUUGAGAAGCCAACUGCACAAGUAUUUUAUAAACGUUUUCUUCAAAGUAGCGCGGUGAUUGCAGAUUGGAAAAUUGUUCGCUCGAAAGUGCGCAAUAUGCGAACAACUUAUAGUAAAACUAGAGAAUGGAUAAAUACGGUUGGGAAAGUUAUGGCAGAUGAUGAAACUGUGGAAACUACCACACAUAACAUGUGUCGAUUUUAUUAUGAUUUUGAAGAAAUUUUUGGUUCAAACAUUUUUAGUACAUCUUCGAAUUUAGACAGCUUUCAAACUACUAUUGUUAACUUGGGAACGUUAAGUGACCAGACUUGUGAUGAACCAUGUAUUGCUAUGGUCAAAACGGAAAAAGAAGAAAUCGAAAAUGUUGAUGUUAAUAUGACAAGCCAUGACAGAAGUUUUUCUGGGUCUCAAACUUUGUCAAGUCAUGCAGAAAUUCAACCAUUUGAAGAUAUUCCUGAUAAUAUACCAACUACAAAUUGUAGUGAAGCUUAUUUUGGAACAGCUAUGUCCGAAAUGGCGCAAACUCAAGCAGAAAUAUUAAAAUUAAAAAAAGAAAAAAUGCAAUUUGACACAAUGUUUAAAGAGAAAAUAAUGCAAUUGCUAGAAAGACAGAUUGCAAUACAAGAGAAUAAAUUAGAGUUGAAGAAAACAGAGCUAAGCAGUCAAGAACAUUUGAAAAUUUUGGAGUUGGAAAUGAAAGAAAGAAUUGCAAUGAAGGAGCUCGAACUUAAGUAUAAGAGUAAAAAUUAAGUUAAUUUAUUUUAUGAAAUAUAUUGUACAUACUGUUUUGU